GAAGGGUAGGAGUUCGAGGGCCUUGGGUUGGCAGGUAGGAAGGGCUGCGCCUCUGCUUCCUGGAGUUCUGGGAGACCCAGGUGUGGCAAGCUCUGGGGAGCACUCACCGACCCCGGAUGGGGGCUGGGGGGGAGUGAAGAGGGGGUCAGACUACGGGCUGUGGUGGCCCUUUGGGUGCUGAAGGUCGAUAGCUUAUACUUUAACCUGGGGCUCAAGGUUAAUGACAAUUGGGAGCCAUGGGUGCCCCUCCCUUGCUUUAUGGGGAUCCCAGAAGGGAGGCAAGUUAGGGAGUUCUUUUUGUUGCUGCCCCUUCCUAGUUUGAUCCCCUGGGCCCAGAGUAGGGCCCUCUUUCUGGGAAUAAAUUUUCUCUGGACUCUGUUCCCCCCCCCCCCUCCACCCCUCAAGUGCUGGCUCAGUGCCUCUGAGUUGAGCAACCAGGAUGGAUGGCUCCCCUUUCUCAAGCCUCUGGCCACCCCAACCCGCCUUGACAUAUCCUGGAGGCUUGGUGCCUUGAACCAGGGCUGGAGGUGAGGAGCCCUGGGUGCUAAUCCAGAGUCUGACCCAGAUACUACCUGGGCCUCUGCUUCCCUAGCUGCAAAAUAAAGGUUUUGGAUGAGAAUCUCCCAAGUUCCUUCUAGCUCCUGUUGAGGGUUUCCCAGCUCUGACAGUUGGUCAUUCUGUGGUAUGGUAAGCUAAAUUCACACUUCUUUCCCCAGGUGAUCCAUGUGCCUGCAGGGCCUCUUUCUAAGUGACCAAAGGCACUAAGCCUUCUCCCAGGAACUCUCCCCACUUAUAUUGUUUCCUCCAGAUGCUCUCCACCAGGCCUCCCUGCAUUUUUCCAGGGCCUUCACUGAUUCUGCCUUUUUUCUCCCUCUUCUACUAGGUGAUUGGCAGCACCAUGUCUGGCCGGGAACGGGGUACAGAGCCACUCUAUAUCAAGGCAGAGCCUGCCAGCCCUGACAGUCCUCGGGGCUCCUCAGAGGCUGAGCCGGAGCCCCCACCUGCCCGGCCUGCUGGCCCUGCCCCAGCUCGUCGACGACUCCCCACAGGCCGGGAGGAAGAUGAGGAAGGGGAGGGCACAGGACUGGGUGAGAGGGGCAGCAGUGGUGGGGGCAAGCUAGUGCUGAGCUCUCUACCCAAGCGCCUCUGCCUGGUGUGUGGGGAUGUGGCUUCUGGCUACCACUAUGGUGUGGCCUCCUGUGAAGCAUGUAAAGCCUUCUUCAAGAGGACCAUCCAAGGGAGCAUUGAGUACAGUUGCCCAGCCUCCAACGAGUGUGAGAUCACCAAGAGGCGGCGGAAGGCCUGCCAAGCCUGCCGCUUCACCAAGUGCCUGCGGGUGGGCAUGCUCAAGGAGGGAGUUCGGCUAGAUCGGGUCCGGGGCGGAAGGCAGAAAUACAAACGUCGCCCUGAGGUAGAGCCCCUGCCCUUCCCGGGACCUUUCCCCUCUGCUCCUCUGGCACCGCCAGGGGGCACACGGAAGACAGCUCCUGUGAAUGCCCUCGUGUCCCACUUGCUGGUUGCAGAGCCAGAGAAACUGUACGCGAUGCCUGACCCAGCAGGCCCUGAUGGACACCUGCCAGCUGUGGCCACACUGUGUGACCUUUUUGACCGGGAGAUUGUGGUCACCAUCAGCUGGGCCAAGAGCAUCCCAGGUUUCUCUGCCCUGUCCCUGUCGGACCAGAUGUCGGUGUUGCAGAGUGUGUGGAUGGAGGUGCUAGUGUUGGGAGUAGCCCAGCGCUCGCUGCCUCUGCGGGAUGAGCUGGCCUUUGCCGAGGACCUGGUUCUGGAUGAGGAAGGAGCCCGGGCUGCUGGGCUGGGCGAGCUGGGGGCUGCACUCCUGCAGUUGGUACGGCGGCUCCAGGCCCUUCGGCUGGAACGGGAGGAAUACGUGCUGCUCAAGGCCUUGGCCCUGGCCAACUCUGACUCGGUACACAUAGAAGAUGCUGAGGCUGUGGAGCAACUACGGGAAGCCUUGCACGAGGCCUUGUUGGAGUAUGAAGCCGGGCGGGCCAGUGGGGGCGCAGAACGUCGCAGGGCUGGGCGGCUGCUGCUCACCCUCCCCCUCCUCCGCCAGACGGCGGGCAAAGUGUUGGCCCAUUUCUAUGGGGUGAAGCUGGAGGGGAAGGUCCCCAUGCACAAGCUUUUCCUGGAGAUGCUGGAGGCCAUGAUGGACUGAUGGGAGGGGUGUUGGUCUUGUGGA